AUGAGUGAAUAUCCCAUUUCGUGUAUCCCCUGUCGCCGCAGAAAGGUUAAGUGCAACAAAAGAAAGCCAUGCAACAGGUGUUUCAAGAACAAUUUGAAGUGUGAGUUUCCCUCCAAGUUCAGGAAUGUGGAAGUUCAUAAAGAUGAGGACCCAAGUAUGGAUAGUAUAUCCCAAACUGUUUCUCAAGGGACGCAUAAUGACAGUCAUUCACCAGAUGUUUCCAAGUUGUCAGAGGAAGUUACUUUGCUACGAAGAGAGAAAUUAGGGAUACUUCACGAGAAUUUCAGAUUGAUACAAAAGGUUCGUGAUUUGAAGAACAAACUUCAGAAGGCGGACCGGGCUUCCAAUGCAGACUGUUGUUCAGAUGGUGCAUUUGAAAUUUCAGGUGAAACUACUGAAUUAGGGGAGAAGUAUUAUGGGCCGCUGCUGUCGAACUACAUGAUUGAUGUCCUUCGACGGGAAAAGGACAAUACCCCCCAUUCCGACGACAGCUCGAAGAAAGAUGACAAUAUCCAAGAACCAGAUAAUCACACGGAGGAAGAUGAGCCCUCGCAAAUGAAAAAGAAACUACCCAAUGUUCUUCGCUCUAGAUCAUCAGAGGAAGAAAACAGACGAGUUGUGAUUUAUUUAGUCAACCAUUUUUUCAACGUUUCGAGGUACCGAAGCAUGAUUUCCCAACCUCAAAUGUUGAAUUUUGUGGAAAAUUACCACUUGAUAAAAGAAGACGAGUGGGAGCAUGAUGAUGACUUGUUGCUUUUGCAUAUGAUGCUUAUACUACUGGUGCAGAGAUUGACUCCAAAAGACUACAAUGAGAGUGGUAUUUCGACGGAGCCUAUAGAGUCUGUUUCUACUUUGAAUAUGAGAACAAACAGUUUGAAAAAGGCCCUUUACCGUGGAUUUUCCCUGUUGCGGCAUAAUCUCAUAAAUGAGUCUAUUGUUACAGUCCAGGCCCAUAUUCUUUGCAUAGAAUGGUACUUUAUCGAUAGCCUUUACGAAGAGGCUUGGUCUAUGAUGUUCCACAGCUGCUCUAUAGCCUACUCGAUAGGUCUCCAUGUGAUGUUCAAUCUAAGAACAACAAGUAAAAACGUGGACAAGGCUACUGCUGGUAUUGCUCAAAUGACGAAGAAUGACGAUGAUGAAGAAAAGACCGAAGAAGUACUGAAGGAUUCUGAUCAAAAGGCAUUAAGUGACGACGAGGAAGAGGAAGAGGAAGAAGAUGAUGAUGCGUACGAUAUUUCGAGAUUCAAAGUAUGGUUUGCAUUGAAGCACGUUAGCGGACAAUUAUGCUCUAUUUUGGGUCGGCCAUCUCCAAUACUGAUUCAGGUCAACCUGUUAGUUCUUAUGUCGUCUGGUAUGGCAAGUUUAAGUAAGAUGGGCUUGGCGCUUAAGGAAACUCAAGUUCACUUGAAAAUGGGAUUAAGCGAGUGCAUUCGCCUCUCUAAUGUUAUGCUAAUUGAGAGCUUUAUGAUGAAUUUCACUCUUGAAAACGUCGUAAUGCUCGAAAAUCAAUUCAAAGAGGAGGCUAAAUCAUUAAUGUGGUUCGCUUCUAAAGAGUACCGAGACACUAUCCGCGGUAAUGAAAACGAGCUAAACCAGUACUCUGAUAUUCCAAUCUACGUUGAUCGAUGUGAAGCUCUAGGAGAUUUAUUGGCACUUCACGUUAACAGGGCUAAGUUGUUACAACCUUUUAUGAACCAAUUUGUUGGUGUUCAAGAGAAUGACUACCUUUUCAACUCUAUUUGCGAGUGCAUUUACUUGUAUUUGGACUAUAUACUUGAUUUUGUCAAGGCAUUUCUUCAGCAGAAUGUUCCCAAGUAUGUUGGAGUUGAUGGCAAAGUCGUCAGCAAGAUAAGGUUAGGAACAGCAUUCAGAACACAGUAUCCGUUUAUAAACUCCUUCAUCUACCAGGGAAUGAUUGUCAUUUUCACUCUUCUUAAUUACAAGGCGCAAGAUUUUAUUCGUGGCAAGGCUCCUCAAUUUCUCAAGGACAUUAAGGGCAAGUUGAACAGCAUCAUUGAUCUUGACAUCCAAUGCCACAGUUUGUUGGAGCAAAAUGCUAAUUUGUGGUCCACCAACAUUGUAUACUUGGUGAACAAAAACAUCCAACAAGCAAUCCAACUUUAUAAGCGUUAUGAGGAUUUUUCAGAGAACAAAAGUGGAAACAGUGAAUCGAUGCCAGAUAAUGAUAUUGGAUCCAGCUCCAUGGUCGGGUUCAACAUGAACGAUCCUUUCUGGAUUACUAAUCCAGACAAUUUGCCCUACUAUCUUAGCAGCCCGUCUGAUGACGAGAUGCAACAAGUGUUGAAUACAAUGAGAGAUCAGUCCAUUUCUACUGCACUGUAUGAUCAAGAUCAUCUUCCGGCAUUAUGGGCCAAUGCAGAGCAAUCUAACUUGGCCCUGCAAUCACAGCCUAUUGUACCCCCUCAGCAACCCAUAGUGCAAACUCAACCAAUGCCAACUCACCCAAUGCCACCGCACCCAAUGCCGCCUCAAUCAAUGCCACCUCAAUCAAUGCAAAGUCAAUCAAUGCAAAGUCAACCAAUUCUUCAGCCAAUGCAAACCCUGCCCAUUCAACAUCAAUCGCUUCUGAAACAUCAGCCUCUUUUGCAACGCCCUGUUGGACAGCAUCAACAGGCCCCACAUCAUCAGCAAGCCCAACAUAAUCUUCAACAACCUCAGCCCUUGCACCCACAAGCGCCGAAUGCUGCAUCCCUGGGUGUCCAAUCAACUGAGCCCAGCUCAAAUUCUUUUGGGUCUAUGGGUCUCGAUUCAGUUCCGCUGCAACUUACUACAAUGGAACUGAAUAUCGAUCAUUAUGGAGUUUUUCCUGUACCCGUACAGUUCAAACAAGGCAGCGGAUCAAGUGGUCUGGAUCUUCUGUAUGAUUCCCUAUGA